AGCCAGUAUGGAAAGAGGAAACUCACUGAAAUCUUAGUGCAUCCCCAUUAAUCUCCUCUUCUUCUUCUUCAAUUCAUCAUUUUCCCUCUCUUCAAAUCCCUUCCUUUCUCUCUCUAAAAACUCUUAUUUUGUUUUGGAUUAGGGUUUUUUUUUUUUUUUUUUUUUUUAAUUAAUUUUCAUUCUUUUUGUUUAUUGCCCUUUUUCAUUCAAUACUAUCAUCAACAUCUCAAGCUAGAUUUUUCCUCAUCUUUGUACUAAUUCAGGAUUAUCACGUGCUGAGAGAGCUAACUUGAAGAAUAUGCACUAUUCGAAUGUUUAGACUUUCGGAUACUGCAUUGGGUUUCAAAUAGAUCUCUAUUUUAAGUUUUAUGAUGCUUCCUUUCAAGUAGAUCGGUAGGCAACACCUCUUGUGCUCAUUCCUGUGCCAUACUUAUCAUUCAGUAUGGCGCACAUGAGUAUGUUUUCUGGUAAUUGCGAAAUUGUCGAAAUAGAGGAGGAAUUGAACUCAGGAGAGAAUUAUAAAGGUAAAAACUAUACAAAACUGGAAUCUAAAAGAGAAGAAAAGGGCAGGAGAUCUUUUUCCUCACAUACCGGGAACAUAAACUCGUUAGAGGAUGACCUCAACCAGCUCUUUGAGAUGUUUAAUCGCAGAGCUUCAUCUCAUGAGUACUCUCGUCGAAGCCAAGGCAGCACAUCGAAGAAGAAUGCGUCAAAAAAGCCCAUCAAAACAAGUGGAUACUAUUCACCUGGACACGGAAUUUCAGAACGUGUUAAUCUUAAGCAGGCACUUAGGGGGUUAUGCCUUUCUCAGGCAUCAGAGAUGGCAGCACUGAAACGAUCUUCAAAAGCAGCUGGCUCUUCAGAAGCUGGGCGGAUAAUGACUAUGUACCAAAACGUUGUCGAAGACAGUGUCUCUGAUCAAUUUCAAGACGAGGGUCGAGGGGGCAUGCUUGAAAUAUCGCUUGUCCCCAAGGAAAAAACUGUUGACGUUUUUGGCAACGUUUCUCAGAAAUCUCCAGUGUCAGAUAUGUGGCUUUCUGACCGAAGUUCUUUUUCUGAAAGAGGUGCCGGGUUUUCCCCAAUGUCUAAUCAAAGAGGGUUUGCGUCAAAGGACGCUGACAAUCGAGUACCAAAGCCUGAGAACCCUUCAUCUAAAUCGUCUCCAUCUUAUACGCAUGUUGAUGACAGCAUUCCUGAUGUGGGUCCUAGAAAUUUGACUCAGAGAGGAAGUACUACACCAUCAACUGUAAUGAAGAAUCAAACAUCAGUCGCUGAUAUAUUGCAGCAGAAGCCGAAGUUUACGCUUGCUUCAUCCUCUCCAACUUCUAAACAUAGCAUACGAGAGGUGCCAAUAAACUCAUCGCACAAAGAAAAGUAUGCAUCUCCCAAGUCUUCAUCGUGUUCUAGCUAUGGAAGAAGCUCUCCGGAGCCUAACCAGAAAUUUCCAGCAAAUAAGGAGAUGUUUACAGUGUCAGCAGGCACAGGGACUCAAAUGUCAAAGUUUGAUAUGAGGCAUAAGGAGGAAAAUGCUUUUUUGUCGAGUCGAUUUGAUAAUCAUGACAAGUCCGAGGAGCAUAUCAAUAGCACUACGACUGAGAAAGGAACAUCCUCUGCCUCAGCUGAGCUUGCCAGUCAAACUUCUCCGACAGAGUCAUUGAAAAAGCGGGACAUCUUGAGGAAAAUGGUAGAGGAAAAGUUGAUGACUACUGUGUCGACAGGAUCCGGGAAUCAAAAGGUACUUGCAAUGCAUAAGGAUGAGUAUGCACCCACAUGUUCUCCACGUCGUUCAGAUCUUGGUGAUAAAGGUGUGGGUGAUGGCAAUAGUAACAUAACCUCUAAUAAGUCGGCAAGCAAAGAGUCCGCUGGAAAGUUAGCAAAAGUAGAAGGUAAAGACUUAGGCUUGAAAAUGGGAAAGAAAAUGAGUUCAAAGACGGUGUCCUCAACCGGCUCUUCAAAGGGUAACAAAUCAAGCAAAUCUUAUAGAAAUGGCCAACAUUUUGUGAAACCUCUUAUCAAGACCAAGAAUUUUGUUAAGAGGAAACACAAGAAGAAGAUGAGUUCGGAUAAUAGCUCAAAAAAUGUGCAAAGUGAAUUUAACAACGACUUGUAUUCAGGCCCAAAUCCAAUUGUGUGUCCAAGAUGCCAGUGUGUAGUUACCGAAGCCUGGAGAGAAGCCAAUGAAGAAUCUUCUGUAUCUCAUCCGGAAUCUCCGGUAACCCAACAAGAAUCUCCUCCACCCCAUCACGAGUCUCUUGGGUUGAUUCAGGACUCGCCCAUAUCACCUUUUGCUAGUCUUAGCGCUGAGGUCAGCUCUGGCAAUGUUAUUUCAGAUGUUAGCGUACUCGGACCGAGUUCUGAUGGCUCGAACAAUUCGAAAGCUGUCAUUUUGGAGUCUAGUAGCAACUCAAAGUCGAAAUACAAAGGGGAAUUUACGCAGAGUUCAAAAGACAGCCCUGGUGAAUGCAGUAGUAGCACAAGUAUGAGUGAAGAAAGUAAUAUAAGCAGAACCAGCUUUUGUGAUCGGCCGCACAUGUCAAAGGAUGUAAGAUGGGAAGCGAUUCGUCAUGUGAGGUAUCAGCAUGGAACUCUUGGGUUGAGAAAUUUCAAUCUUUUGAAGAAGCUUGGUUGUGGAGACAUUGGAACCGUAUAUCUCGCUGAGCUCAUUGGUACAGACUGUCAAUUCGCUAUCAAGGUCAUGGACAAUGAAUUCUUGGCUAGGAGGAAUAAGAUAUCAAGGGCACAAACUGAGAAGCAGAUACUGAGAAUGCUGGAUCAUCCGUUUCUCCCUACGUUAUACUGCCAGUUUACAUCAGAUAACUUGUCAUGUUUGGUUAUGGAGUAUUGCCCUGGAGGUGAUUUACAUGUUCUCCGUCAGCGACAGCCUGGAAGAUGUUUUACAGAACAAGCUGCAAGAUUCUAUGUUGCUGAAGUCCUCCUUGCACUGGAGUACCUCCACAUGCUUGGAGUUGUCUAUCGAGACUUGAAGCCUGAAAACAUUCUAGUCCGAGAAGAUGGGCAUAUCAUGCUCUCCGACUUUGACCUCUCCCUUCAAUGUGCUGUAAGUCCAACUCUUCUUGUCUCGGCAACGACGUCAGAGACAACCUCGAGAAAGGUCUCUGGUCCAUGCUCGGAUUCACGCUGUGCACAGCCUCUCUGCAUUGAACCUUCCUGCCAAGUAACGUGCUUUACUCCUAGACUUCUAGCCUCUUCCAACAAAUCUUCCAAAUUACGGAAGAUGAAAUCCGAUGUUGCUGCAGAGAUGAGACCACUGCUGCAGUUAGUAGCAGAGCCCACCGCAGCAAGGUCCAAUUCUUUCGUGGGUACCCACGAAUAUUUAGCCCCGGAAAUCAUCAAAGGAGAAGGUCAUGGAAGUGCCGUUGAUUGGUGGACUUUCGGUAUUUUCCUUUACGAACUUCUGUAUGGUAGAACACCGUUUAAGGGAGCUGGGAAUGAAGAAACCCUGGCUAAUGUAGUACUACACAGCCUGAAAUUCCCUGAUAGUCCACUGGUUAGCCUUCAAGCUAGAGAUUUAAUUGCUGCCCUUCUCGUGAAAGAGCCAGAAAACCGCUUGGGGACUGAAAGAGGUGCUGCCGAGAUAAAACAGCACCCAUUUUUUGAGGGACUGAACUGGGCGUUGAUUCGAUGUGCUAUACCCCCAGAGCUUCCCGAAUAUCGAAGCUAUGGGAUUCCGAAAGUGACAGUUCAUGAAAAGAACAACAAAUACGCAGAGUAUAGUUCUGGUUCCGGUUCUGCAGAGCAUUUGGAGUUCGAGGUGUUUUAGCGAGACUCCAUUCCACAUAAUGUUUGUAUCCAAGUAUAGCCCUCAAUCCUCAUAAUGUAAAUUCUGUUAUAUGGUACAGUCUUCUUUUUUACUGAGAAGAGGUGAUUAUGAGUCAUCUUUUUGAGUCAAAAAUUGACAAAUUAUUUGAGAAAUUAGCAAUAAUAUGUUGUUAAGCCGGCGAGUUAUUGACCCUUGUUGAGGUCAUACACAACCAAUGUUGUCCAAUUCUAAAUAUUAUUAGUAUCCUUUCCGCAUUAUAUUUUUUAUCUUAUGUGUGGCCGAAACAGAAAAAUUAGACCGUCUAGCUUGGUUUAGCGCUGAAAUUUGAUCCGAGAUUAUAGAAUCAAAACUCCGUUAAAGGCUCUUAAGACAAUUCUCGGUCUGGUAAGACAUUUCUCGAACAUGAGCUGUACUUGGACGAGCUAGCAUCUGAGUUUUGUCACUGGAAUCUGUAAAAACAUGAGCUUAUGAACCCUGCACUCUUGCCUUGUGCAGACCAUGCUUAUAUAUUGUUGUCUUGCUGGCAUGCUGUCCUCCUUGUGCAGAUUUUAUAGUUUUUCAAAGAAGAGAAAAG